AUGGCCCCGAUAACCCCAGUAUCCAGGAAACGAUCUACCCCCUCAGACAGCGAAGAUGGCCAUUCCGACGAAUCGUCCGCGAAGAGGAUGCGAGUUGAGGUUACCAUGCCACAUACACCACCGCCAGAGGAGAACUCUCAGGUCAAUUUCCACGCUGCUCCCAUGUUCAGCGACGACCCUCACCAGCUUUUGACGCGCUCAGCUGCCUUGGUCCUAGAGCAUGUGGGGUUCUCAGGCGCACAAAAAGAUGCUAUGGAGGCCUUUUGCGCUGAAAUCGAUGCUUUCAGCACCCACUUUCUCUCCAAGGUCACAUCAUCUAUGCUUAACUGCAGACGCUCGCAGCCCACGCCUGUCGACUUCGCAUACGCACUCCAGGAAUUUGAUAUUCCCCUAUCCUACCUAGAGCCACAUCUCGAGCCUCCAGUACCCGAGUCCAAAUCCCUGGUCCAGCUUGAGCCUCUGCCGGAAGAGCAAUUGGCCACAGCAACAAUUUCGACAGAGGCGUUACUAGGAGAAGUUCUGAGUGGUGAUCCGGACAAGACGGUAAAACCGUACAUCCCCAAGCGGUUUCCCUCUUUUCCCAGUAAACAUACAUAUAGAUCGACGUUACCAGAUCCAGCGCGGGUGAUGGAUCCAAGAAAGAUCAGAGAAGAGGCUGCGAAGGCUGCGCGACAGGGCGAGGACGCGCUGCGCAGUUUGACCAGGGUCGCGAAGGCCGGAAAAGAGAAAGAUGUCAAGAACACUGCGAGCAAGGACCCGACGAGCAAGGAGAGGCAUACCUUGUGGGAGUUGGCGAUGGAAACUUUGGCGACCAAUAAGUCCGAUAUUGGUAUCAAGGACGGCGUUUCGGAGAACGAUAGGGGUCUAAUCGUAAAUGCAGGCCGGGCAUACAACAGGAAAGGGGCACCUGCGAAGAAGAAAAUGAUCCCAGUUUUGGAGGGCCUAUAA